CUAGAUUAGUAGUAUCCAUUGAUAUCCAUUAUACUGUUACUUGACCUUUGAAUACUGCUCGGAGUUAGUACUACUUUUAGAAAAUAAAAUUCGAGAUUGACCAACUACGAAUCGAAAAACAUCUUUCGAGUCCUUAAUUUAUUCAAAUCUAUUCAGAAUGAGCAUAUCGUGAUAUUUAUCUUAGGAGAAUAGAGCAGACACUAAUUUGGCCGCACAUAGUGCUUUUGCCCACUGUAAAAUGACCGACAAAACAAAACAAAAAUGGGAAAUCAAUGAUGAAGCAUAUUUAGAAAAAGGCGGCCUGACUAUGGAGUUCUAUCCGUUAAUCGAAAAAAAUGCGCUAAAAGAAAGCUUUGCUUUAGUGAAGGAAAAUAUGCAAACCCUUUAUGAAAACAGUGUUCUAAGCUGGGAUGAAGAAGAAAAAUGGAAAGAGAUGAGCAUGGAUACUCUUCACUACGUUUGUUUGUAUACUAUCGAACACCAUAAGUUAAUUGGUUUUAUGAGUUUUGAAGAAACAAUCGAAGCAGAUCUUCCAUGUCUUUACUUGUAUGAACUUCAGAUCACAAAAGAUAUGAGAAGAAAAGGAUGCGGAUCCUGGCUUAUGAAACAGUUAACAAGGAUCGCCGAGCAAAGAAGAAUUCCCUAUCUCUUUCUGACAGUCUUUGGUAAAAACGAGCAAGCACUUCAAUUCUAUCAUCGAUUUCAUUUUUCACCGCAUGCAACAUCACCACAGCCAAAAAAGUUUCGAUCUGGCAAGGUCGUUCACCCUGAUUACUAUAUCAUGUAUUCUCGUGUAUGACAAGGAGCAGAAUCAAGGCACAGUUUUAAUUAUUUUUUCUGGCUUAAACACGGGAUGAAGACCUUCCCAAAUAAACCGAAUUAUCUGUUUUGCUUUGUGAGAAUUUAAGAAACUUGAAAACAGACAAAAUUGUUCCUCAGUAGAUACUUUAGCUCUGUUAGGUUUCCAAAAUAUUUCAUUUUGUUAUUUUAUAUAAAUCAUAAUGCUCAGCAUUAAC